CGAUUACAUUAUUAACAGCAAUUUAAUACUUUAACACAUUUUUUAUUUGCCUUUCGCGCCUGUGUUCAGUCUGGUCCUCGCCGCACGCCGUAGUUGCGCGAUACUUGUCUUGUGGAUGUUCACAGGCUUCACAGAGGGAGAUGGCUGAGAGCCUGAAGACGCGGUUCGACUUCCCCAACCCCAUCAUACAGGCUCAGACGGCGAGAAGUCUUGUCGCUGCUGUGUUGAAAGAGAAAGAGCAAAAUGGGAAGAUAUCUCAAUCCUCUGUUCAGGGCGUGGCGUUGGCGGCGCUGUGGGAGCAGUGCUGCGGCGGGGACGCCGGCGUGCGCGCCACCUGCUGCCACGCCCUGGUGCUGCUGGUGGAGCAGGGCCAUGCCGAUCUGCCCUUCGUCCUCAACAGCAUCCUCAACCUCCUGCCCUCCGCCAGCAACGUCCAGGGACUGAUCGGGGCAUUGGGGAAGCUGCUGCAGAUGCAGAUGAAGCAGGGCCCAGACCCGGAGACCGCCUUCUCCUGCCCCUACUCCAUCAGAAGCAACCCCCAUCCCUACAUCACGGCGCUGGAGAACCGGGCUGAAUGCUGGCCCUUCCUGCUGCUGGAGAUCCACCACUUCAUCCAGGAAGGGGCAGAAAGGGAGGACCCCGCUUGCGUCACGAUGCUGACGCCGUUCCUCCGCUACCUGUACUGCGAGCCCCAGAGGCAGCCGGCUCACGCCGCCUUCAGGCAGAACCUGCUCCGCCUCCUCCUGCCUGUCCCCGCCCCCGCCCACGAGGGAGGCCCCGCCCACAACGGAGGCCCCGCCCACGAGGCCCCUGGGAGAGGCUCGUCGCUGGUCCAUGAGAGCCUGCUGGGCUGCUUCUGCCAGCUGGUUCCCCACAUGCAGGUGGACAGCAUGGAGGCGGUCCUGGAGCUCCAGGGCUACGGCGAGGUGCUGCUGCCCAGCCUGGAGAGGGCGCCCGGGCCGCGUUGGCGUGCGGAGAGCGCCCGUCUGGCCCUGCUGCUGCUCUGCGCCUGCAAGCUCAGCCUGCAGCUCAGCGGGGACUGCCGCAUCUUCCUGCAGCUCAUCCACCGGCUGCUGCCCACCUGCCGGCAGGAGGUCCCAGUAGAGGAGGUGCUGAUGGGUCUGGGCCUGCUGCUCCUGGAAGCUCCCGCAGACCAACAGACCGACCUGCUGAACCUCGCCCUCUCCCUGGCCCCGGAGCAGGAACCCCUGGCCCCGUGGGGGGCCCCCCUGCUGCUGCUGCCCGUGCUGCAGCUCCUGUCCGUCGCCGGGCUGGUGGAGCCCCUGGCGGAGCCCCGGCUCCACCGCCGCACCCUGGCGCUGGCCGGCCGCGUGCUGCGCAGCGCCGGGAGGGCCACGGGCCCCGCCCCGCAGGUGGGCCCCGCCCCGCAGGCCGGUGGCGUGCCGGCGCUGCCCCCCGGCCCGUGGUACAGCGAGCUGACCCUGGCCGUGGCCGUGCUGCGCAGGGUGGCCGACGCCGAGGACCCCGCCGCCGCCGGCGAGUGGCUGGCCUCCGUCACCUCGUCCCUGGGUCACCCCGGCGGCCCGCAGCCGCUGCCCUGGUCCCUGGUGCUGGUGGUGGCCCACCUCCUCACCACCGGACCACCCGCCGUCUGCCACCAGGCCCUGGGGGCUGCUGUCGCCAUCGCGGAGGCAGACCCCUCCAAGGUGCCCUCCCUGCUCCCGGUCCUCCUGUUCAGGCUGGAGAAGGAGAGGGAGCCCUCCCUGUCCCACGCCCUGCUCUACACCCUGCCCAAACUGGGCACCCAUAAGUUCUGCGUGCCCCAGGUGCUGCACGUGCUGCAGAUGCUCGCCAGCGCCCCCAACCUGCGGGCUGUGGUGAUGCGCCUCAUGACAGAGCUCUGGAAGAAGCAGGACCGCGUGUACCCAGAGCUGCAGCGGGUGCUAGGCCAGCCCGGGGGGAAGCUGAGUGUGAUGGCGGGACGCGACGCUCAGUGGGAGAUGGUUCUGGCCCGGGCCGCCUGUCUGAAGGACAUCUGCAGAGAGAGGCCCUACCAGCAUGGGGGUGAUAUGCUGGCUGCCAUCACACACACGCUGGUCCAGUGUACCAAGGCUGACCUGGCCACCCCCGCCACCCUGGCCCUGCAAGGCCUGCAGGACCUCUGCCGUGCCGAGGUGGUGGAGAUGGUGUCCACGUGGCGGGCCCUGGGCCCCCAGCUGAGCUGUGACUCCCGGCCCCUGGUGGUGAAGGCCGUCGCCGACCUGCUGGCCCUCGUGCCCCAGCUCUCUGCCAAAUCACCGGAAUACCAGAAACUCAAAGAGGAAGUAGUCAGCUUUCUAUGGCGCUACGCGGUGAGCAAGGAGCCAGAGACGUCCAGCUGUGGCUACAAGGCGUUGGCGGGCUUCCCCGAAGAUGCACACACGAUACUCCAUCUCCCUGAGCCCGCACGGCCGGUCUCCAAGCCCACUGAGACUGACGAGGAGGAGGAGAAGGGCGCGGAGGAAGAGGAGAAGGAUCUGUCCGUCCCGGGAUCGUCUUACAUGAAGCUCCUCCACCUCACACACACCUCGUCCCUGCCAGCCUAUGAGCUGCUGCUGACCUCGCUGGUGAGGCAGGCCAUGAAGCGCAUGCCCCGGGGGGUCCACACCCUGGCCCUGCGCAGUGGGGGCGGCGCCCUCUCGGACCAGGGCAAGACAAUGGCCGGGGUGCCCGGCUUCAUGCUCCGGGCAUACGAGAAGAACAAGCAGCCCGGCUUGAAGCCAGGACUGGCAGUGGGACUGCUGCUCUCCUUCGAGCUGCCCGUGCACACGGACCGCGACGGGCGGCCAAUCGUCCGCUUCCUGGUCAGCCGCAGCCGCACCUACCAGCAGACGCUGGCGUCCCUCAUCCACGAGGUGAACAUCCAGCCCAGCGAGUGGCACCGCGCUCUGCUGCUGCCCCAGGCCUGGCGCGGCUUCAUGAGUCAGGCCUUCCUCGCCGUCAUACAGGGUCGGCGUGCUGAGCUGGAGAUGCAGCAGAAGCAGAGCAAGGAUGCCACAGAGGAGCUGCAACGCAAGCAGCAUUUCUCCUGGCUCUGGGCGAGGGACCAGCUGACGGAUGUCAUCAAGUCGGCUGCCAAGGACAGCCCGGUGGUGCAGGGCAACUGCAUCCUGGCCCUGAGCGGCCUGGCAGCAGCACUGGCCAAGUAUGAGAGCAACCUGCCCACGGACGUGGAGGGCAGCCUCCAGGCGGACCCCGACUGCAUCCCCACCAGCGCCUGGUUGUCCAUGGCGAUGGACACCCUGCUCUGCAUCAUCAGCAGCAACUACAAGGCCCGGGGCCAAGUCUUCCCCUGGUUCCUCCAUCGGUCCUACUCCGGCGAGAACACGGCCAGCUCCAUCGCCCGCUCCUGCGCCACGCUGGGCCUGUCCCUGCUGGUGCCGGUGCUGGUGGGCUGGCACCGCGAGGGCGUGGCCCAGGUGCUCUCCACGCUGAGGGACCGGCUGCCCGGGGGCCCCAGGGCCGGCGACUCCCAGGCCGUGCAGUUCCACUCGGGGCUGGCGCUGGGCAUGGUGCUGGCCUGCCUGCACCGCCAGAACCUCAGUGACCUCUCUGCUCCGGUGGACCCCAGCCUGCUGUGGGACGCCCAGGAGGCCCUGGAGCAGUGUGCCUUUGACCCCGACCUGGAGUACAACACGGGGUGUGUGCUGGGCCUGGGCCUGGUGCUGUCCGCCCGGUCGCGCUGCGGGGGCUCUCAGGGGUCCCGCGUGGUCCUCACCCUGGACCGGCUGCUGGCCCGGCUGCAGGGGGGCGGGGGGCAGGGCCGCAUGCUGCAGGAGGUGCUGGCGUACGCGGUGGCGUGUGCCUGCGUGUCGGGCUUCAGCGUGGGACUGGUGGACGCCAGCAAGGCGGAGGAGGUCAUGCGCGAGCUCCGCACGCUGACAGAGGAGAGCCAGCAGACCCCGGGUUUCUCCCUGGCUCUGGGCUCGGUGGUCCACGGUCUCUCGGUCUGCGGUCACGGCAAAGCGGUGGACCUCCUGCCCGGCCUGCUGGCCGCCUGGAUCAAGAUCCUGCUGGCCGAGGGCUGUCCCACCAUGCAGCGUCUGGCUGCUGUGAACGGCCUGGUGGCUCUGGUGGGCUCAGAGAGCUACCUCAUUCAGUUAAAGAGUGAGUCUGAACAGUCGUCACUACAACAAGGCCAGCUCAACGACGUGAUCCGCACCAUUACACAGAUCAUCUCCUUCUCAGGAGCCAUGGGCCUGCAGUCCAACAGCGCCUGCUUGGUCGGACAUCUGCAUCUGGCUCACAUGACCACCAGCCACACUCACACCACAGUGCCCCAGGACUUCGCCUACCUCCCGGAGAACAGCGUCCUCCGCGCCCUGGGUGACUUCCUGUCCCAGGCCGGGAAGAAAGGUCCGGAGGAGUACCCUCCCACGCUAGUGAAACCAGCGCUAGCAUCGCUAGCGUCGGCCGGCGCGAGCUACCAGUACCCUCCGGUCAACUGGAGCACUCUGCUGUCCCCUCUGAUGAGGCUCGACUUCAGGGAGGACGUCCAACACCAGUGCAUGGUGCUGGCGGCGUCCCAGGCCCAGUCGUCCCAGAGCGCAGCUCUGUUCCUGGGCACCUGGCUGUCCCAUCCCCUGGUCCACUGCCUCAGUACCCCCACCCAGGCCCACCUGUACGAGACGCUGGGCUCCUGGAUGAAGCACGUGUCGGAGGACAAGCUGCAGGCCUACGUGGAGAGCCUGGCCGUGCAGCGCUUCACGGGGUCCGGAGGAGGCGCCGCCGAGGGGCGGGGCCUCCUCCGGCUGGCCGUGCUGCGGGGGCUGGGCUCGGCCAUGAGCCUCCCCAACCCCCCCAAGCACUGCUGGACCCUCCUGUGCUCCACGGCCGAGAAGAUCUACGGCAGCCUGCCCGGCGACAUACAGGACGACCAAGUGGAUCUGUACGUGGAAACCGCCAAAUGUCUGUCGGAGAUGUCGGACACGGAGAUCGAGCGAGUGGUUUGCGUUACGGUGGCGGACAUGGAGAAGAGCUGCUUCACGCUGGCCUACCUCACCUCCCAGGGCCGGCUGCCCCUGCUCUCCCUCAACGACGUGCUCAGUGCCCAGCUCCGGGGCCCGCCGGGGCCCCGCGUGGGCUGGCUCCUCCUGCAGGCCUUCUACCAGUGCCGGCUGGCCCCCGGCGCCAACACAGGGGUCUCUAAGCGGAUGGAGUGGCUCCUGGAGCUGAUGGGACACAUCAGGAACGUGGUCUACGGCACCACCGCCGUGGAAUGCGCCGACAUCAAACUGGCCUCGGACCUCCUGCUGCAGGUGUUUGCCGCCGCGGUGGUCUCCUGGGGGGACCACGCCACGCCCCUGCUGCUCGGCGUCCGGCCCCAGUGGUUGCCGCGGCUACCGGGCCUGCGCCACGCCCUGUACGGCGAGGGGCGUCUGGCGGAGGGCGUGCUGCCCGUCUGCCUGCAGGCCCUGCCCCACAGCCUGAAGCAGCUGCUGGAUAGAGAGCCCUGGAGCGGCCAGGCGCAGAAGUUCCUGAACUGGCUGCUCAGCAUUGCGGAAGGCCCGGAGCGAGCACUGUCAACAACAUCCAUCACCACCGCCAAAGCCGCGCUACAGGCCCUGCGGUCGUGUGCAGACUUCAGGAAGAAGGGUGUCUGGACGCAGGCCUACGGCUGGUAGGACCCCAGACUCCCAGAGACCCUACUGGGAGGACUGGCCCACUAUAUGCAUUCCCCUUUGGAGUGAGCUAUUACGCAAUCCUUCAUGGAGGUAACCCGAACAAUAGGAAAACCAGUUACUGCAACGCAUUAAAAAACACAAAAUGUGUUUACUCUUCAAAUGGGUGCCACGUCGUAGCAUUUCACUCUUACAGUAUUUCACAAAAUCAUAUUCACCCAAGCUGCUGCUGUCAAAUGUUUACCUGGCCUUUAACUCUACUGUGGAUAGAGAAAGAGACUGACUGAAUUUAGUUUUGCAUGACCAAGAAUGCAGAUAAGGCGCAUAAGUUCUUAUAAAACUCAAACUGCUUGUAAUGGCUCGGAAUAUGGAAACACAGAAAUGUCCCUGUAGGUUCCAUCAGAAGGAAUGCUAUUUUUUAAUACAAAUUCUCUGCAAUAAAUAUCUUAAUGGAA